AAGGAAGAGGAAAGCUAAAGAGAAACAAGAGAGGAGCACUCAAUAAUGGUUAUUCUCUCUCCCUCUCUUUCUCUCUUCACAUCCAAUCACUUUCUAGUUCCUCCAAACCUCUGCUUUAGAGAGCAGAACAGAACUCUAGUGCAGCAGAGCAAAUGCAGAGUAGAGCAGAUACUUGAACCAUGCUCAAAACCCAAUUUGCAUAAUGGGUUUUGCAGAAGGGAGUUAUUGCUGUUUGGAGUUUCUUCUCCACUACUAACAGUUUUGCCAUCUUCAGGGUCCCUUGCAGAAGGAGAUGUGAAAAUGGCUUCAUUUAGUGAUGAAAUAAAUUGUUAUUCUUAUCUCUACCCAGUGGAGUUGCCAUCUAAGAAGGUCAUCUUCAAAUGGGUGGAAUCAAGAAAACCAGAACGAUAUUCAUCGGCUGCACCAUUAUCUCCUGAUGCACGCCUGCGCAUUGUCUCUGAGCGUGUUGACAUUAUCGAUAAUCUCAUAAUUUCCAUUACGAUAGGUCCUCCAAAUUCGAAGAUUAUAAAAUCACCGGACAAGAGUACAUGGACUGCAAAAGAGGUUGCUGAUUCUGUUUUGGCUGACAAGUCUGCAUUGCGCGUUACCUCAACUCAGCGAAUGGCUGAGAGUUCAGUUCUUGAUGCACAUACUAGUGAAAUUGAUGGUCAGCCAUACUGGAAUUUUGAGUACCUUGUCCGCAAAGCACCCACAAAAACCGCUCAAGAAUCGAACAGUUACCGCCACUAUGUGGCUUCAACAACCGAACGAGAUGGCUACCUGUACUCUAUAAACGCUUCAACUCUCAACAAGCAGUGGACCAUUUUGGGACCUAUCUUGAAGAAAACUGCAGAUUCAUUUCAUCUCCUUCCUCCUACAGAAAACUAUGUUCCUCCAUUCAAGGAUCCAUGGAGAUUUUGGUGACUGCGUACUCAGAUUUUCUUGUCCCACUAGUGCAAACUU